AUGGGACUCCAGGAUUUGAGAUCUCUGCAGCUGCUGUGCCUCUUAGAGGCCAUCUCUUUAUUGCCUUGGACCGAGGCUCUUUUGUGCUAUGAGGCCACAGCUUCGGCCUUCAGAGCCGUGACCUUGCAUAACUGGAAGUGGCUUCUGUUGAGGAGCAUGGUGUGUAAGCUGAGAGAGGGCUGCGAGGAGACGAUAGUGUACAUUGAGACAGGGACCAGUAGGGGCAUUGUGAGUUUUAAAGGCUGCACCUCAGCCUUAUCUUACCCCCCACAAAUCUCCUACCUCGUGUCUCCACCCGGAGUGUCGAUCUCCUCCUACAGCCAAGUCUGCAGGACCUAUCUCUGCAACAAUAUAACCAACUUGGAACCUUUUGUGAGACUGAAGUCCACUGAGCCUAAGUACACAGUGUCUUCUACCAAAUUUUGUCCAACCUGUGUGGGCAGGCUUGACCAGGAGUGUCUUCCGGACUUCAUCAGCACCCAGACCUGCCCCUUCACUGCUUCUUCAUGUUACAGUUCCACCUUAAAAUUACAGGCAGGGAAUCUCAAUACUACCUUCCUCAUAAUGGGCUGUGUUCGUGAGUCACACAAGCUUUUAGCAGACUUUCAGCAUAUUGGAAGCAUCAGAGUGUUUGAGGCCGUCAACGUCUUAGAGAAGUCUCAGGCUGUUGGUGCAGGGCACCGUAGUCCGGGUCCUCCUUGGAUCCUCCUCUUAUUCCCUGUGCUCAUCCUCAGUACCUGA